AUGAGAGGAUACCGAGGAGUCAAGUACACAUUGUUUUUCUGCUGUUAUGUUUUCUGGGUGGUCAGUGCUCUGCUCAUCGCUGUCGGAGUUUACGCCAAAGUCGCCAAAGAAAAAGAUGUGGUGGACACUCUGACCUUGGACCCUGCUCUGCUGCUGAUCGUUGUGGGGUCCCUGACGUUCCUCAUCACCUUCCUCGGCUGCUGGGGGGCUCUCCGCAACGCCCCCUGUCUCCUCAAGACGGUACUGCAGGACAUGUGUAUUAUCACCUCCUGGUGGUGGACCGUGGUACUGCAGCACAUGUGUAUUAUCUCCUCCUGGUGGUGGACCGUGGUACUGCAGCACAUGUGUAUUAUCUCCUCCUGGUGGUGGACCGUGGUACUGCAGCACAUGUGUAUUAUCUCCUCCUGGUGGUGGACCGUGGUACUGCAGCACAUGUGUAUUAUCUCCUCCUGGUGGUGGACCGUGGUACUGCAGCACAUGUGUAUUAUCUCCCUCUGGUGGUGGACCGUGGUACUACAGCACAUGUGUAUUAUCUCCCUCUGGUGGUGGACCGUGGUACUACAGCACAUGUGUAUUAUCUCCUCCUGGUGGUGGACCGUGGUACUGCAGCACAUGUGUAUUAUCUCCUCCUGGUGGUGGACCGUGGUACUGCAGCACAUGUGUAUUAUCUCCCUCUGGUGGUGGACCGUGGUACUACAGCACAUGUGUAUUAUCUCCCUCUGGUGGUGGACCGUGGUACUACAGCACAUGUGUAUUAUCUCCCUCUGGUGGUGGACCGUGGUACUACAGCACAUGUGUAUUAUCUCCUCCUGGUGGUGGACCGUGGUACUGCAGCACAUGUGUAUUAUCUCCCUCUGGUGGUGGACCGUGGUACUACAGCACAUGUGUAUUAUCUCCUCCUGGUGGUGGACCGUGGUACUGCAGCACAUGUGUAUUAUCUCCUCCUGGUGGUGGACCGUGGUACUGCAGCACAUGUGUAUUAUCUCCUCUUGGUGGUGGACCGUGGUACUGCAGCACAUGUGUAUUAUCUCCUCCUGGUGGUGGACCGUGGUACUGCAGCACAUGUGUAUUAUCUCCUCCUGGUGGUGGACCGUGGUACUGCAGCACAUGUGUAUUAUCUCCUCCUGGUGGUGGACCGUGGUACUGCAGCACAUGUGUAUUAUCUCCUCCUGGUGGUGUACCGUGGUACUGCAGCACAUGUGUAUUAUCUCCUCCUGGUGGUGGACCGUGGUACUGCAGCACAUGUGUAUUAUCUCCUCCUGGUGGUGGACCGUGGUACUGCAGCACAUGUGUAUUAUCUCCUUCUGGUGGUGGACCGUGGUACUGCAGCACAUGUGUAUUAUCUCCUCCUGGUGGUGGACCGUGGUACUGCAGCACAUGUGUAUUAUCUCCUCCUGGUGGUGGACCGUGGUACUGCAGCACAUGUGUAUUAUCUCCUCCUGGUGGUGGACCGUGGUACUGCAGCACAUGUGUAUUAUCUCCUCCUGGUGGUGGACCGUGGUACUGCAGCACAUGUGUAUUAUCUCCUCCUGGUGGUGGACCGUGGUACUGCAGCACAUGUGUAUUAUCUCCUCCUGGUGGUGGACCGUGGUACUGCAGCACAUGUGUAUUAUCUCCUCCUGUGUGGUGGACCGUGGUACUGCAGCACAUGUGUAUUAUCUCCCUCUGGUGGUGGACCGUGGUACUACAGCACAUGUGUAUUAUCUCCCUCUGGUGGUGGACCGUGGUACUACAGCACAUGUGUAUUAUCUCCCUCUGAGGGAGCUGAGCCUGUUCCUCUGUCUGCAGUUCCUGUCCGUCCUGGUGGUGGUGCUGUUGCUGCAAGUCACAGCAGGAGUCAUCGCAUUCCUCUUCACUGAUGUGGUGAUGGAGAGGACAGAGCUGCUGAUGCUUAAAGCUGUGGUCAGAUACAGAGAAGACCAGGACCUGGAGAACGCCAUCGACUUUGUCCAGAAAAAGUUCCAGUGCUGUGGAGUGGAGAGUUACAAAGACUGGUCCAAAAACAUGUAUUUCGAGUGUUCAGACUCAAACCCGAGUCUUGAGGCCUGUGGGGUCCCCUUCUCCUGCUGCCGCCCUGAUGACCAGCAGAGUGUCCUGAAUACCAUGUGUGGAUACGGGAUGCAGAGGCUGGAGGAGUUCUCUGCUCAGGACAAGGUCUUCACCGAGGGCUGUCUCCAGAAGACCAUCCUGUGGACCAAGACCCACCUCCUGCUGGUGACCGGACUGACGGCGGGUCUGCUGCUGCUGGAGGCUGUGGCUGUGGCUGAGGCUGAGACUGAGGCUGAGGCAGAGGACUGA